AUGGCCCGCGUCCGCACCCAGCUAAUCUACAUGUUCCCCGAGGAUGACCGGACCCUGCUUCCCGAGGGCGAGACCUGGCCCUCGAUGAUGUCCGCUGCCCUGGGCGACGCCAUUUCGACGCUGCAAGCUACCCUGGGUGAUGACCUGUCCCAGUGGCGUUGGGACCGGCUUCACCAAGCCCGGCCCCAGCACACUCUGUCCGCGGCCUUCCCCGAACUGGCGGAGCAGUUGGACCCUUCGUCCAUUCCCAUGUCGGGUGACGGCGAUACGCCCCUGGCCGGAGCCUAUUCCCCCGCAGACCUGGCUACCGUGGGAGGCCUUUCCGUGGCCCGCUACGCCUACGACCUGGCCGACUGGGACAAUUCCCUGUGGGCCAUACCCUUGGGCGCGUCGGGUAAUCCGGGCAGUCCCCACUACCACGACCAGUCGGAGACGUGGCGCAAGCCAGGCCCAUCAAACCACGCGACGGCACCUGCGAGCCGACCUACGAUGAACGAAAACGCAAGACGAACCCUAGUUGACUGGGAUACCAGAGGGACAGACCGCGCCGAGCAGUUCCUGCCUGACCUCGACCCGGAGUUGGAAGUGGACGUGGAGGAGGACUCCAUUUCCCCCUAUGACGGCGGAGACGAAUACGACACCUUCGUCCUCUUCUUUUCCCACGCCUCCAACCCUGACCUGAGCUGGACCAUGGCGGUUAGGCCCGACGAGGCCUUCAUCAACAAUGAACUUGAAGAAGUGGUGCGCCGAAUCUACUUCCAGCGCGUGGAGUAG